GCGGGGCUUGCCCGCGGAGCGCGGCGGGCGGGCGCGUCCCAGGUUGGCCGCUGCUGGCUGAGCCCGCGGCUACCGCGGCGGUGGCCAGAGCCGGAUGCUCGCGGGCUCCGUGCGGCUCCAGCCGUUUUCCUCCCUCGGGCUGCGCCAACUCGCGCCCGCCGAAGACGGAGACCUCGCGGCGCUCUGCCGGAGAACUCUGCUGUUCCAGCCUCGGGGCUCCCCGGGAGAAAGCCAAGUGCCCCCAGGUGAAGCCGGCGUCCCGGAACGGCCCCGGAACGCCCGCCGCCAGCUUGCACCUUCUGGGAACCGCGACCGCCGAGCGUUUUCCAGCGCCUGCAACGCAGGGCGCGCGGGGGCAGUGGGGUCCACUGCGUGGGAAGGGGCGACGAGGACACCGAUGAUGGACUCACCGACCUGGCGCGCGGGCUGUUGCUGUCUCCUCCUCUUGGCUCUCGUUGGGUCUACUCGGAGCGAGGACAUGCCCAGCUGCGAAGAAGUUCGGAAACUUUUCCAGUGGCGCCUGGUGGGAGGUGUCAAGGGGCUGCCGGAUUCGCCGCGGGCAGGACCAGAUCUUCAGGUUUGCAUAUCCAAAAAACCCGCGUGUUGCACUAGGAAGAUGGAGGAGAGAUACCAGAUUGCAGCUCGCCAAGAUAUGCAGCAAGUGCUUCAAACAUCCAGCUCGACAUUGAAGUUUCUAAUAUCGCGAAAUGCUGCGGCUUUUCAAGAAACCCUGGAAACUCUCAUCAGGCAAGCAGAGAACUACACCAGCAUUCUCUUCUGCAACACCUACAGGAACAUGGCCCUAGAGGCUGCAGCUUCCAUUCAGGAGCUGUUCACUGACGUGGGGCUCUAUUUAUUUGGUGCGGAUGUUAAUCCCGAAGAGUUCAUAAACCGAUUCUUUGACAGUCUUUUCCCUCUCGUCUACAAUCACCUCAUUAACCCUGGCGUGUCGGACAGUUCCCUGGAAUAUUCGGAAUGCCUCCGGAUGGCCCGCCGGGAUGUUAGUCCCUUUGGUAAUAUUCCCCAAAGAGUAAUGGGGCAGAUGGGGAGAUCGCUGCUGCCAAGCCGCACGUUUCUUCAGGCGCUGAAUCUGGGCAUUGAGGUCAUCAAUACAACAGACCAUCUGCACGUCUCCAAAGAGUGCAGCAGGGCCCUGCUGAGGAUGCAGUACUGUCCUCUCUGCCAGGGCCUGACUCUCAGCAAGCCUUGCAUGGGGUACUGCCUCAACGUCGUGAGAGGCUGCUUGGCACACACGGCAGAGCUGAAUCCGCACUGGCAUGCCUACAUCCGGUCACUGGAGGAGCUCUCAGAUGCCAUGCAUGGAACAUACGACAUUGAACAUGUGCUCCUGAACUUCCACGUGCUUGUUAAUGAUGCUGUGACGCAAGCUCACCUCGAUGGACAGAAGUUAUCAGAACAGGUCAAUAAGAUUUGUGGCCGUCCAAUCAGAGCACCUACACAAAGCCCCCGUUGUUCUUUUGAAGGAAGCAAAGAGAACCACGGGAUGAAGAUCUCUCCCAGAAACGAUGAAGAGACACUUGCCAACAGAAGAAAAGAAUUUAUCAACAGCCUUCGACUGUACAGGACGUUCUACGGAGGCCUGGCUGACGAGCUUUGUGUUAGCGAAUUAGCCGCUGCUGAUGGGCUGCCGUGCUGGAAUGGGGAAGACACAGUCAAAAGCUAUACUCAGCGUGUGGUUGGCAAUGGAAUCAAAGCCCAAUCUGGAAAUCCUGAAGUCAAAGUCAGAGGAACUGAUCCCGUGAUAAAUCAAAUUAUUGAUAAACUGAAGCAUGUUAUUCAGCUGUUACAGGGUAGGUCACCCAAACCCGACAAGUGGCAGCAUCAGACCGGCAGUGGCGGUGGCAUGGUUGAACAGGUCAGCGGGGACUGUGAUGAUGAAGACGGUUGUGGGGGAUCAGGAAGUGGAGAAGUCAAGAGGACCCUAAAAAUCACAGACUGGAUGCCAGAGGACGUGAACCUCAGUGACGUAAAGCAGACCCACCAGACAGGCCGAGGUAGUACGUUAGAUACAACGGGAGCAGGAUGUUCAGCAGCAACUGAAGCUACAGCAUUUAUGCUGAUGGGUGUGGUAAUGUUCCUUCCUUGGCUUUGGUAACUGAACUCUUCCGCCCUGAUAUACCUGUCUUCUUGGAGUCCUGAUUUCUCCCCUGUCUUCACCUGAUUGGAAUAAUAAAUCUUUGUGAAUGUAACAAUUAUAUUUAUGAAAAGGUAUGUCACACUCACUUCUUAUAAGCCAAGUGGGAAUGUUCACAAAGUAUCUAGAAAUGAUAGGCUGUUUGAAAACAUGUCUUCUAGGAUUCUAACUUAAGUCUCCUUCAAUUCUAAUGUAUUAAACCUGCCAAUGUGAAGAGCACAGAAGAGACUUUGAAUACGGAUUUAGUGUAUCUGUAAUUUUACUAUCUUUGAUUCUAAACUCUUUAUAAAAGCAACAUGUCUUAAAUGGAAAGCAUAUUUGUAGAACAAUGAAAACAGCAUAUAGUGUUUCUUACAAUAUUGAAAUUAGAAUUCCAUUAAAUGAAUCAAAACAAAUGAUGGCAAGUAGUAUGCAUGAAUUUUCAAGAGAGUCUUCCAUUUUUGCAAGCUAUAGGAAGAAAAUACUUGAAGUCUGCAAGCUAUAGAGUAGAUUGUUGAGGAGCAUUUCAUGUAAUUUCAUUGAAGCUUGAUAAAUUUUAUCCACUGUAACUUAGCCACAGACAAAACUUAACCUGAGUAUUUUGGUGGCAUCUGAGCUGUAUUCUAGUACAUUCAAAAUGCAUCUUUGGUAUUGAGGCUCUUUUCCCUCUUUGCCUAAUGGAUUUAACCAUGUUGUAAACACACAUCUGCUCUGGGAAUAUCUCUAAGAAAGCUAUUAAUUAUUUAAUAGAUAACUUACAAAGCGAUAUAUUCAUUCAUCCUUCAAAUAUUAUUUGCUAUUUUCUUAAAUCUUGAU